UGUGUGCAAGUUAUAUUAGAUAAACUAAUGUGGUCUACUGUGGAAAAAACAGACGCCCUCUAGCGGUGGUGUCGCGUGCACGCGCAGAGGAGUGGCUGCUUGGUUUGUGCCCAUUUAAAGUCAAUGCCUGUCAUUGCGCUCCUCACACACACACACACACACACACAAUCUGUUAUCUUCUGCUGGACAUUCCUCCAGACCGCGCAUAUUACAGCUUCAACCUCAACUCCGCUCGAGAGAAUGUCCGUGUCUCCGUCCUACACUUCACCUCCAUUGUUCUCUAGCGUGCCCGCGCUCCCCGGUGACGCGAACGCCACGUCAUGCCAGGACUGGGCCCAGUCUCAUCAUCUGCUGUUCCACCUGGCCCACCUGAGCCUCGGACUGGGUCUGCUGAUCCCCACCACCCUUUCACUGCACAUGAUCCUGCUCAGACUGCUGCUGAUCACGGGCUGCUCUCUGCUCAUCGCCUGGGCCGCGCUGUACAGAUGCACACUGGAUGUGAUGGUGUGGAACGUGGUGUUCCUGCUGGUCAACUUCAUGCACUUCUUCUUCCUGCUGUAUAAACGCAGACCGAUUAAGAUCGACCGGGAGCUGAAGGGGGUGUACAAGCGCAUGUUCGAGCCGCUACACGUACGAGAAGCUCUGUUUCAGAGACUCACCGGCCAGUUCUGCACCAUCCAGACCCUGAAGAAGAGCCAGAUCUACGCGGCCGAAGACAAGACGUCCGUGGACGAGCGCCUCAGCAUUCUCCUCAAGGGGAAGAUGAAGGUUUCGUACCGCGGGCAUUUCUUGCAUAAUAUCUACACCAACGCCUUCAUCGACUCGCCGGAGUUCAGGUCCACUCAGUUGAACAGGGGAGAGAGGUUUCAGGUGACGAUCACCGCUGAGGAGAACUGCAAGCUCCUGUGCUGGUCCAGGGAGCGUCUGACGUACUUCCUGGAGUCCGAGUCGUUCCUGAAUGAGGUCUUCCGGUACCUCAUCGGCAAAGACAUCACCAACAAGCUCUACUCGCUCAACGACCCCACCCUGAGCGACAAGGCUGUGAAGAAGAUGGACCGCCAGCCGAGCCUGUGCUCUCAGCUCUCCAUGAUGCAGAUGAGGAACAGUAUGGCGAGCACCAGCGACACCGACGACGUGCUCAACCAGAUCCUGAGAGGCGGAUCCACCGGAUCCUCACUGCAGAAAAAUCCUCUGCCAAAAACAUCCACGACUAUGAAGCCGAUAGAAGAAGGAAUGGAAGAUGAUGUUUUCGAGUCCGAAUCCCACAACACUCGCCCGAGAGAAGACGUGUGACGCGCUUCAUCACCUCACGCUUCACUGUACGCUCUAUUGAAAUGAAUGGAAAAUGCAUUAAAAAGAAAAAUAAUUCAGACUCAAACUCAGAUUACACUCUUCUGGAUAGAGAUCCAGAUCCAAUCAGAGUUGUUCUAGUAUUACAGAAUUAGCAUUAGAUACUAACACAUUUAAUAUAAUAUAGUCUUGAGCAUUUUACAUGAAACUGCUGUCAGAUAUACAUUUUGGAGAACAGAAAUAUCUUUACAAUUUUUAAUUCAGACCAAUUUUGCCCUUUAACAGUCUUGAUGCAUUUCAGGCUCUCCUAGAACAGGUUCUUUCUAAACUUUCUAAAAGAUUAUUGCGAGGCACUGCUGGACUAAUGUACGUGGAACUCAACAGUGUGGACUACUUCCAUCAGUGAGAUUUACAUUUCUCUGAUAGUUUUCAUGCACAUAUACCAUGUCAUGGUUUCUUGUGUAACGCGUUAACAGUCAAUAUAUUGUUAAAAUAAAUUGUAUUAAGAUGUGGAUUUUCUCACAGCAGUUUAAUUUGAGUGCAUUUGAAUAUAUCGCAUAAUGAACUAAAUGAAGAAUGGGUCACAUAGGGUUAAGCAAUGAUGAAGUGUUGGUUAGGGUUUAUUGGGUCUGGUUUGAAGCUUUUUCUGUGAUAAUUGUAAUGUGACGUGUGUGUUGUUAAAGUCAUACAGAUUCGUGAAAACACUUUUUUAAAUUAAAGUUUGACACUGUG